GAGUUGUUUACACGAUGUUGUUGGGGACCGAGUUUAUUUACGUUUUCGUGCUGUUAAUUUCUCUAGUUUUCGGUCAAUUUAUAAAGCAUUUGAACAGCCGCGGAGAGAAACAGUUCAUCUGCACAUCCGUCGGUGUGGCUCUGGUUGUCUGCCUGUGUGGGUGGCAGGCCUACCACUCGGUGUUGUGCACGGCAGCCACUGCGAUCAUCAUCUGUCUCGUUGGUCCAAACAGGAAGUGUCACAUCUGGUGUUUUGCGUUCUGCUUUUCCUACCUGGUGCUCUUCAGAUUGGGUUAUCUCAUUGGCUUCGCUGCACCGUCUGCCUUCCCAAAUGUUGUUCAACUCCUCCUGACAUUACGGCUCGUUGGUGUAUCUUUUGAGGUCUAUGAUUCAUCACAUGCCUCUCCUGUCAACAGAAAGUAUGAAAAUGGCGAUCAUAACCAGAACAUUAAACCCCACCAAGAAGCUACCAUUCCAGAGCUUGAUGCCACUGAAAUCUUUCAGUAUGCCUUCAGCUUUAUCGGACUUUUCACAGGUCCCUACUAUACUUACAAAACGUACCAUGACAUGCUGCAAUGUAAACGUUCCAGUUCAAUUCCAACCAUCAGACCAAUAGUUCAGAGAAUCAAAUUGCUGCUACCCAUUGCCACAUUAUUUGUACUCUUGUCAAGUUUGAAGUGUACGUCGGUCAAGUUCUUCACUUCACAAGAGUUCUACUCCUAUGGAUAUUUCUACAGGAUCCUCUAUGCAGUGCCAAUAACAACUAUGGUUCGUCUCCGUCUGUACGCUGCAUGGUUAAUGGCAGAGAGCGUCUGCAUAUCAGCAACACUAGGAGCCUAUCCAGCAUCAACCAAACCCAGGCCUGGAAAAGGACCGUGUGUGGAACUGACACACAAGGGAAGUAUGACCUCUAAGCCAGUGGAAUACAGCUAUGCAACGAUAGAAAACAUUGAUGUUUAUCAGUGUGAGACAUUGGGUGACUUUCGUACUGCAAUGCGAUAUUGGAACAUGACCGUGCAGUGGUGGCUUAAGAAUUAUGUCUACAAUCGAUUUCCUACCAAAACCGGAAGGACCUUCAUCACAUUCCUGGUCAGCUGUUUCUGGCACGGACUCUACUCAGGCUACUUCAUGUGCUUUCUCAUCGUUCCCAUCAUCCUCCUAGCCGAGGACAGGAUGAAGAGAUUCCGCAUCGACGGCUCCUGGUACGAUAAGAUCGGCUGGUUGUUAAAAGUCUACACUUUCCAGUACAUCAUCAUGGGCUUCUUGCUACAAGGGUUCUGGGAGACGAUUAACUACUGGGCGUCGACGUACUUCCUUGGAUUUGCCUUGACUGGUUUGUUCUUAGUCAUUUCUUAUACCUGUAAACCACCGCUGAAGCCCGCACAGAAAGUUGAAUGGAGUGACACUAACUGGACAGUUUCACUUCUGUCUUGUUUGUUGAAAACCAAAACAACAAUGUCGCCGACUGAGCUGAUUUACCUGUGUAUGUUAUGCAUUUCACUGGGGCUUGGACACGUCGUCAAACAUGCACAAAAUCCACAGCAAAAGCAGUUACUUUGUACUUGUGUUGGAGUGUCGAUGGUGGUGGGGUUGUGUGGCUGGCAGGCGUAUCAUUCGGUGUUGACAACAUUAGUUACAGGUAUCAUUGUACAGUUUGUAAACCCAAGAAAGUGCCAUGUUUGGUGUUUUGCGUUUUGUUUUGCCUACCUGACAUUUUUCAGAGCCGGGCACUUCUUUGGGCUGGCUGCCCCUACAGCGUUCUCCAAUGUAAUACAGCUUCUCUUAACACUUAAGCUUGUUGGGGUUGGAUUUGAGGUUCAUGAUUCUCACAUGACUCAAACCAAACCCGCCCUACAACCGAGCCAACAAGAUGCAAAGCCUAGCAAACACAAAUACGUUGCCAUCAUCGGAGAGCUAGGAGUGACUGAUGUGUUCCAGUAUGGUUUCUGUUUCAUUGGAAUUAUCACAGGCCCCUACUACAAGUACAAGACGUACCACGAUAUGAUUCACUGUUCUAACUCCAAGGAUAUACCAAGCAUUAAACCACUGAUGGAACGUCUCAAGACAUUGGUGCCCAUCGGUCUGCUGUUCCUUGUCAUGUCACAUUAUAUGUCUAUUGAGUAUGUCAAGUCCGAUGAGUUUUACACACAUGGGUAUCUGUACAAAACUUUUUACAUGGUUCCGAUGUUUAUGUUUUUCCGCCUUCGUAUGUAUUCUGCAUGGAUUUUGUCAGAGUGUGUUUGUAUGUCUGCCACCCUGGGAGCUUACCCUGUGUCUACACAACCAAAGGUUGGCCAGGGGCCUAGUGUGGAUCCAGCACAGAUUAAAAGUUCAGACCAAACCACUGUGGAGUACAACUACAAGACUAUUCAUAACAUUGACUGGUAUGCCUGUGAUGCCACACCGACCUUCAGGGAUGGGAUGCGUAACUGGAACAUGACGGUGCAGUGGUGGCUGAAAAGCUACAUAUUUGUUCGGUGUCCUGUGAGAGCAUGGAGUACCUCAGUGACAAUGUUCGUCAGCGCCUACUGGCACGGCAUCCAUCCAGGCUACUUCUUCAGUUUCCUUACCGUUCCCAUCGUUCUACUGGCUGAGGAUGCCAUGACGCGGGCCUUCCGGACGGAAAACAACGCAUGGUGGUUUGACAAACUCAAUUGGUUCUUCAGGAUGCGUGCCUUUGAGUAUCUCGCUAUGGGCUUCUUACUGUUGGGAUUCUGGUCCACGCUACGCUAUUGGGCGUCCACCUUCUUCAUCGUUCAUGUCAUGACUGCCUUUUUCAUUCUUGUCGGGAACGCAUUCAGGCCGAAGAGAAUGCGGGAGGGAAAAGUCGCUGAACACAAAAAAGAUUGACAUUCCAUUUAUGAGUUGAAGGAAACAUACCUCUUUGCAUUAAGUAUGCAAACAUGCCAGUAAUAGUUUAUUUCCAUUGUUUUUUAAGUUGAAAACCACACAAGUUGAAAUGUGUCUUUCUGUAGUUGCCGUUUGAUGUGGUUUUUGUUUUGAAAGUAAAAGACCUUCAUAAAGUGCCUUUUUUGUGAGGCGGGCAUAGAGUUCAAAUUAUAGAGGGGGGGGGGGGUUGCUGUCAGAGGAUGGGGAGGUGACCCCAAGCACCUCUCCUCCCUUUACAGACCGAGACGAAGUCGAGGUAAAUUAUCAAGAACCAGGCCUCGGCGGGUUUAAACCACUUGUUGAAAACCGAU